AUGCGCAGAAAGUCGUUGUUGACGAGAAAGGUCACUGUGAAAAAUAGCGAACCCACUGGCGAUGUCAUUCUAGACGAAGCUCUCAGACACAUGAAAGAGACCAACCCUCCUGAAACUGUGACAAGUUGGAUUGAGUAUCUUAGCGGAGAGACGUGGAAUCCACUCAAACUGCGAUAUCAGCUUCGCAACGUUCGAGAAAGGCUAGCAAAAAAUUUAGUGGAGAAAGGCGUACUUACUACUGAUAAACAAAACUUCCUUCUCUUUGAAAUCACAACGCAUCCUCUCUCUGAUGGGAACCAGAAGACGAAACUCAUCAAGGAAGUGCAAGACGCUGUUUUAAGUAAAUGGACGAAUGACGUCCACCGAAUGGACAAAAAGAUGCUUUCUCUUAUAAUUCUGGCUCAUGCUUCUGAUGUUCUUGAAAAUGCAUUUGCACCAUUGAGUGAUCAGGACUACGAGGUUGCGAUGAAGAGGGUUCGAUCGUUGCUUGAAUUAGAAUAUGACGCACAAGCAGAAAAAAAGGGGAACGAUGUGAUGUGGGCAGUUUUUGAGGCGUUCAGUAAGUAA